AUGGUCAGUAUGUAUAAUACAGAUGGUGCCGGAGUAGCAGUAGGAGACGUCGUAGGGUGUCUUGGCCGUGGACCUGACGUAGCGUAUAAACAUCUUAAUAUCUGUCAACAGAAGUCAGCCAUAGGUCAACAAAAGUCAGUCACAGGUCAAAAGAAUUCAGCCACAGGUCAACAAAAGUCAGCCACAGGUCAACAGAAGUCAGCCACAGGUCAACAGAGUUCAGUAGCAGAUCAACGAAAAUCAGUCACAGGUCAACAAAAGUCAGUCACAGGUCAACAGAAGUCAGUCUCAGGUCAACAGAAGUCAGCCUCAGGUCAACAAAAGUCAGUCACAGGUCAACAGAAGUCAGCCUCAGGUCAACAGAAGUCAGCCUCAGGUCAACAGAAGUCAGCCACAGGUCAACAGAGUUCAGUAGCAGAUCAACGAAAAUCAGUCACAGGUCAACAGAAGUCAGUCUCAGGUCAACAGAAGUCAGCCUCAGAACAACAAAAGUCAACCACCGGUCAACUGAAGUCGGUAGCAGGACAACAGAAGUCAACGGCAGAUGAACAGAAGUCAGCCACAGAUCAACAGAAGUCAGCCACAGGUCAACAGUGGUGA